UAUCUAGCAACUUUUACAUUUCACGAGGCAGUGAUCGCUGCCUGCAGAGUAGGAAAUAUAGUUUGUGAAUUUUUUUGUAGUAAUACAUUAUUACAGGGAAAAUACUGUAUUUUGUUAUCAAUAGCAUAUGAAAUAUCUGUGUGAUUGUAAUUUUGGGGAAAUCAGGAUAGGGAUUUAAUAUAUCUAGUUUAAUAUUAGCAUACAUAAAUGCGCGCGCAUACCCAAUAGCAUAGUAUCUCGUGUAGCUCAGUGUAGCUCUAGUGAUUUGCAUAUUACAAAAGAUUCCUACCUUUGACGUACGAAAAGAUGGUGACCUACUGAUAAAGAAAUUUCAUGAUAAUAAAAAUUACAAUAAUUAUAUAUAAAUAAUAAAUAAAUUAUGAAUUUUCAAAAAUUAUAUUAAAUUAUAAUAAAUGAAAUACAAUGUCUCAUUGUGAAGAAGAAGUGGCAUCAUCUGGUUUUCACCAACUAAGUAUUACGAUUGAAGGUGCUAUACUAAGGAGUUCAACAUUUUUAAAACCUAAUCCUUACAUAGAAUUUUCUGUUGAUGAUAAAAGUCCUCGAAAGACAGAAGUUUCAAAAUCUACAUAUCAACCAAAAUGGAACGAGGAAUUUACAAUACUUGUGACCCCAUAUUCACAACUACAUUUUCGCUUGUUGGAUCAUAGCACAUUUCGGAAAGAUACAUUAAUAGGGGAGAAGAAAAUAAAUCUCUCCCAAGUAUUAUCUCACUACAAUGGAAAAUUAGAAAAUAUGGAAGUAACAUUUGAUUUAAUGAGUGAAAAUAAACAUGAUUCUCAGUUAUGUAAGGUUGGAGAAUUGAUAACAGUAUUUGAUGGAUUAAAAAUUAAUAUGUCAAAUACACCAUCAUUAAGUGUCAAUGAACCACAAUGUCAAACACAAUAUAUAUCUUUUGAUGGUGUUACAAGUAAUGAUACUGUUAGCAACAGUAGCAUUCUUAAUGGAGGAAUUCGUGCUCGCAUGAGAUUACAUGGAGUUAAACAUGUUGCAUCAUCUACUUUCCAUGGAUUAACAAAUUCUAAUUAUAAUAGUGGAAGUGAUCAAACUAGUGUUAAUAAGGAUAAUGAACAAAUUGAGCCUGUGGCAUCAAAUUCUUUAUCAAAUGGACAUGCAGUAUCACCUAUGGACAAAUCUGUUAAUUUGCCAGGUCGUUACACAGUAUCCUUACCGGAUGGACGCCAGAUGUCUCGAAUAGAUCAUACAUCAGCUAGUACAGCCGAAGGAAGAGUUGGUCCCUGUGCUGAACAGUUUUCAAAAAUUUCGAUCUCGGAAGGUCGGAAUAUUCCGCAAAUUGAACAGUCAACAGUACACCCUGGAGUACUUGGAAUUUCUAGAUCAGAUCAGUUAGCCACAACUAAUAUGGAUAUGUGUUCGCAUAAUAGAACAGAACAGUCUGCUUCCAGUGAUCGUAAUUCUCGACUAGAACAAUCGAUAACUCCUCUUUCAGAUAAUUGUGGAGCUAUGAGAUCAGAUCAAGCUACUAUUCCAUUAGAUGAAUGUAUACUUUCUAGAAUAGAUCAACCUAGAAAUGCUGUUUUAACAGAUAACCAAGUAAACUCUCAACCAGAACAAUCGGUAGUAUUUACAGUACCAGAUGGUUCUAAUUUGGAGCAAUCUGCAUUAUUUCUUAUGGCGGAUAGUCAUGACAUCGUACGUUUAGAUCAAUCUGCAACAUUACCCACAGCGGAAUCGCGCCGUAUUCCUCAUAUUGAUCAGUCUGCAACGUCUACGUCAGCUGCUCAUUCAAAUCCUAGAAUGAUGCAACGUGUUGCUUCUUUAACAGGACAAACUGCUGUAAUACCUAGUCAGUCAACUCAGUCUGGCUCUUCAAUAUUACUUGCUGAAGUUGACCAUACAAAUCAUUCUGAAGAACCUUUACCUCCUGGUUGGGAAAUGAGAUACGACAUUUAUGGAAGAAGGUAUUAUGUUGACCAUAAUACUCGAAGUACUUCUUGGGAAAGACCUCAGCCUUUACCACCAGGGUGGGAAGUUCGUAGAGAUCCAAGGGGUAGAAUUUAUUAUGUAGAUCAUAACACAAGAAGCACAACGUGGCAAAGACCAAAUACAGAAAGAUUACAACAUUUCCAACACUGGCAAGGUGAAAGACAACACGUGGUACAACAAGGUAACCAACGGUUUCUUUAUUCUCAAGGAUAUGGAAAUCAAACAGCUAUGCCAGGGCCCUCAACAUCUACGGUUGAUGAUGAUGAUGUUUUGGGACCAUUACCUGCUGGAUGGGAAAAACGUAAACAGCCAGAAGGAAGGGUUUACUAUGUAAAUCAUAAAAAUCGUACUACACAAUGGGAGGAUCCAAGAACUCAAGGGCAAGAAACUGGAAUCGAUGAACCGCCAUUACCAGAUGGCUGGGAAGUCCGAUUGACUGAAGAUGGAGUUCGGUACUUUGUAGAUCACAAUACAAGAACAACUACAUUUCAGGAUCCAAGACCUGGUGCACCUAAAGGUCCCAAAGGCAUUUACCGUGUACCGAGAGCAUAUGAAAGAUCAUUCCGAUGGAAGUUAUCGCAAUUUCGUUUUUUAUGCCAAACUAAUGCAGUGCCAAACCAUAUGAAAAUUAGUGUUAAUCGACAAACGUUGUUCGAAGAUUCCUAUCAUCAAAUAAUGAAUGCUGAAGCUUUCGCACUAAGACGUAGAUUAUAUAUAAUAUUUAAAGGUGAAGAGGGACUGGAUUACGGAGGUGUAUCUAGAGAGUGGUUCUUCUUAUUGAGUCACGAAGUAUUGAAUCCAAUGUACUGCCUAUUUGAAUACGCUAAUAAAAGUAAUUACAGUUUACAAAUCAAUCCAGCAUCUUAUGUCAAUCCUGAUCACUUACAGUAUUUCAAAUUUAUUGGAAGGUUUAUAGCAAUGGCUCUGUAUCAUGGACGAUUUAUUUACAGUGGAUUUACUAUGCCGUUUUACAAACGUAUGUUAAACAAAAAAUUAAUUAUGAAAGAUAUAGAAUCUAUCGAUCCUGAAUUCUACAAAUCUCUUGUAUGGAUAAAAGAAAAUAAUAUUGAUGAAUGUGGCCUUGAAUUAUAUUAUAGCGUUGAUUUUGAAAUUCUUGGUCAAGUAAUACAUCAUGAAUUAAAAGAAGGUGGUGAUAAAAUUAGGGUUAUUGAAGAUAAUAAAGAAGACUAUAUUAGGUUGAUGACUGAAUGGAGAAUGACAAGAGGUAUCGAGGACCAAACAAAAGCAUUUUUGGAAGGUUUUAAUUCAGUUGUACCAUUAGAAUGGUUAAAAUAUUUUGAUGAACGUGAAUUGGAACUUAUGCUUUGCGGUAUGCAGGAAAUAGAUGUAGAAGACUGGCAACGUAAUACAAUUUAUAGGCAUUACACGCGAAAUAGCAAACAAAUCUUAUGGUUUUGGCAGUUUGUGACAAGAACAGAUAGUGAAAAACGAGCUCGACUUCUACAAUUUGUAACAGGUACUUGUCGGGUACCUGUCGGAGGAUUUGCAGAAUUAAUGGGGAGUAACGGUCCUCAAAGAUUUUGUAUAGAAAAAGUAGGAAAAGAUACAUGGUUACCUAGAUCGCAUACAUGCUUCAAUAGAUUAGAUUUGCCACCAUAUAAAAGUUAUGAGCAGUUAGUAGAAAAGUUAAGUUACGCAAUCGAAGAAACAGAAGGUUUUGGUCAGGAAUAAUUAUACAUAUACUUUACUAAAUGUAACAUGCAACUGUGUAUAGGGUGGUCGAAA